UUAAACCGGGCGCUCAGCUGGCAAGAAGCGGAACGAGCUGUUGAUAUGGCGGGCGAGCUCGAGAGUUCCAAGCCCCUGAGCGGCCUGCUGAGCGGCCUGGCCCAGAGCACCUUCCAUGGGCACCCAGGUAUCACAGAGGAGCUGCUGCGGAGCCAGCUUUACCCGGAGGUACCUCCUGAGGAAUUCCGCCCCUUCCUGGAGAAGAUGCGGGGUCUCUUGAAGUCUAUUGCAUCUGCAGACAUGGAUUUCAACCAAUUAGAGGCAUUCCUGACUGCUCAAACCAAAAAACAAGGUGGAAUUACAGCUGAUCAAGCAGCAGUUAUUUCCAAAUUCUGGAAAAACCACAAGACAAAAAUCAAGGAGAGUCUAAUCAAUCAAAGUCGAUGGGAAAACAGUCUGAAAGCCAUGAAUUGGAGAGUAGAUCUGAAGUCUCAGUCAAAACACCUUGACCAAAUUAAUGCUCCUGUUGCCAUUGUAGAGCUAGAACUGGGGAAAACUGGACAGGAAUCUGAAUGUCUGUGCUUGGAGUUUGAUGAAGUCAAGCUCAACCAAAUCCUGAAGAAGCUCACUGAGGUGGAAGACAGUAUCAACACCCUGACAAACCCAGCCUAACUAACCAUGGAGGUGAUUUGGGAAGAAGUUAGGGAAUUCGCAGCAAGAGCCAUCACUGAGCUCUAACCAUUUAUCUGUUUUCUGUAUGACAUUCCACUGCAUUAAAUUCUCAAAAUAGAAUA